GCUCCGCCCCCUGGCCGCUGCCGCGUGCGCAGUAGCCGUUCGUGAGACAUCCGCGCGCUCGCUGUCUGCAGUUAAACUCCCGUGAAGGAUUGAAGGAGAAGACAUGGAGGAGACGGGGGGCGCGAGCGCGUAUGGCGUCUCGCUCGCAGGAAAAGGUUUUGACUUCAACAAGUUCGUCCGACAGCCGUUAACAGUGGUGCGCGUGCUCAGCUGGGUGUUUGCUAUUGUGGUGUUCUCCUGCAUCGAAUCAGAGGGGUACAUCAACGCCCCCACCAGCCCCCAGGUGAAGUGCAUCUUCAACAAGAAUGACUCUGCGUGCCACUACGCCGUCGGGAUCGGGGUGAUUGCCUUUCUGGCGUGCGUGGGCUUCCUGCUGCUGGACGUUUACCUUCUGUUUUCGAGCAGCGCCCAGGAGAGAAAACUCGCAGUUGCAGCCGACCUGGGCUUCUCAGGCCUCUGGACCUUCUUGUGGUUCGUGUGUUUCUGCCUGCUGACCAGUCAGUGGAGCCGCACUGAGGACAUGCGCGGCAUCCCCAAGGACGCGGGGCGUGCCGCCAUUGCCUUCUCCUUCUUCUCCAUUGCCACAUGGGGAAUCACCACCUACUUCACACUGGGACGCUUUCGCCACGGCGUGGACAGUCUCACCAUCCCCACCUACACGGACCCACCUCCAGACCAGCACACCCCCUACCCUCCCACCUACGCCCCCACCACCUACACGCCGUACCCCAGCAACGUGCCGGACACGCUUCAGCACCCUUCCUUCAGCUCCACCCUCCCACCUCAGGGAGAUGCUGGCUACCAGCCGCCCACAUACUGACGCAGUGAGGGGGGGCAGCUGUAUCAUACUGAUGUGCUUUCACAUGCGCUUUAACACACCGGUGGACACUGCUGGGUUUUUUUUUUUUAGAGGGGGGGGACAGUCUGUAAAUGAGCAACCUUUGAACUUUGUAGAAACCACUUUCACCUCAACAAACUGCUCCUUGUGGCUCAUGGGACAGAGACCAACAAUCAGGGGGGAUGAAGUGUUUGAUUAUGAGAUGCUAACCUUGACAUCUGAAGCAGCUGGGAGAAGGGGCGGGGCUUAGUGUCUGGUCUAACAGGAUUAACAUGAAGGUACUUCGUUAACUGUCAGGUGAGCGUCCCAGGGUUUUAAACUGUGCAUAUCUGUACAGCGGGAAUCGAACGCCCGUCCUGCCUAGCUGGAGGGGCUCAGACCAGCUGCUGUGAUCAUGUGGGAAGUUCAAUGUCAGGUUGAGUGACCUGUUCAGACGUCGGAAAGUGGUCACGAAGUGAAAAAUUACGUUAAUUUUGAGUCCGAUCUGAAUGUUGGGGGUGCGGCCGUCCGUCAUUGAAGACUGUUGUUCAGAAGUGAUCUGGGAACUGGAUGAAUCUGCAGAAAUGCUCUGAAAAUGGGCUGAUCUGUCUGUUCUAUUAAAGCGGGUUAAAAACACACAGGUGCUUCUGCUCCGGUCAAACCACCGUCAGUCUGUUUCCAUUUCUGCCAUGCUGCCCAGCUCCAGCACUCGCCAGGAUCCAACAGCUUAUUUUAGUCCUGGGGGGUUGGAUUACGCAUCAACAGGCAGAAGUGAAAGCUUCUGCUUCUCAAAGAGUCAGUUUGACGACUAAAACUUUACUCUUGACCUAAAAUACAUGACAUUUCAUGAUGAAAAAAUCGUUUAUAAAAAUAACUUAACACUUAAAAGCUAAAAUUACACCACUCCAUAAGUGCUUCAUGUAAAUGAAUAAAAAAUACACAGAA